AUGAAAUUUGACCGUUGCUGGAGUCGAGUCAUCUUUCCUUAUCAAGACCCACCAAACAGCAGGCUCCAACUAAACUGGGAAACUGAGGAGAAAGACCCGGCACUCCAAGAAGUGGUGCUUCCCAACGGUCUGAAUGUCUUUGCUCACGAUAAGGGAGAGACAGAACUCAUUUACGAAGAAAUCUGGACCUAUGAUUCCUACUUUCAAUGUGACAAACUCAAGUUAGAGCCCGGUGCCACUGUGUUGGACGUUGGCGGAAAUACGGGCUUGUUUUCCUUGUAUGCCAAACAAGACAAAUGCAACAACGACGCCACAAUCUAUGCCUUUGAACCCAUCCCAUCGACCUACAGGAUCUUGAAGGCGAAUGGCGAUCGUCAUUUUGAUGCAGAGCAAGGCAAUGCCAAAUUCCACGCGCUCAAUUACGGACUGUCCUCCAAAGACGGCGAAAUUACCUUUUGGCAUCAUCCGCAUCAAUGUGGUUGGACCACAUCCGACAAGGAAAUGGACGAAAAACGCAACCAAGACCUCUAUCAGAAUUUGCCCACCAUUACGGAUGAAAUUGUCAAGAAACCAGAGAAUUGGUGGCUCCGGUGGUUUCCCCGCAGUUUGGUCCUGUGGGGUGCCCGCCAAUUCGCUCAUGCCAUGGUGAAAACACAACCCAUUACCUGUCAAGUGCGGACGCUUUCCAGUGUCAUUGACGAAUAUAAGAUUUCCAACAUUGAUUUGGUGAAAGUGGAUGUCGAGGGCGCUGAAUUGGACGUGUUACAGGGAAUCCGUGACGACCACUGGCCGCGCAUUCAACAAUUCACAAUGGAAGUGGAAGGUCAUACACUGAAACCCAUCCAACAGCUCCUCACGGAAAAGGGAUUUGUGUUUGAACACGAAUACGUCCACAAAGUGCAGCAAGCCUUCUUUGGAGUGGAAGCCGAGAUCUUUUAUUUGUGGGCUUGGAGGCAGACUGCGCAAGACAAAUAA